AUGAAAUUCAAAAUUUCGCAAAUUAACGACCACUCUAGUGUUCCUGCAUCUAGUCAAGCAAACGAAUCUUUGAAUAGCAUUAUAUCCCAUCAGCUUCCAAAGAAUAAAAGUUACAGUACGACAAAUUCCGCCGAUUUUCGCGUUGCAUCAGCUAUUGCAGUGAAGAAUGAAGGGAACUCUUAUUUAACUGAUGUUAGAACCAGACUUGGACUUCCUGAAGCCGAACACCUCGAGAAAUACUGCAAAGAAGUAGAUGUUACUAGAGCAAAAAAAUGUCUGAAAUCUAAAACUUACGAAUUUAAAAAACGAAGAUUGCAACUCACUGAAAAUAGAGAAAAUCUAAGAAAAAAAUUGGAAAGUCAAGAAGGCAUUACUUAUGAGGGAAACAUUGCAUUCGAAAAUAAUUCUCAACUCAUUUGUCUCAGUCCGCUUAGCGAAAAUUCUGCUUUAGCAAUUGAAAAUUGUUCAAUUAUAUUCUUCGAUUUGGAAACAUCUGGACGGAAGAAGACGUCCGAUAUUCUACAAAUUGCUGCAAAAGUAGGUGAAAAAACAUUCUCUAUAUUUAUUCAACCUACUCAACCAGUUGAUGAAGAGGCAUCAAAGAUUAAUGGGUUUCAAAAUAUUGAUAAUGUUUUAUAUUUAAAAGGAAACAAAUGCGUUACAAUUACUAUGAUCGAUGCGCUGCUUUCUUUUUACGAAUUUCUGUCAAGAAAUUCAAAAGGGUGUGUACUGGCAGCUCACAAUGCUUGUUUUGAUGUUUCCUUUUUAAUUCGAGAAAUCCAUAAAUAUUCAUUGGCUCAGGAAUUUCAAAAAAUUAUUUAUGGUUUUUGUGAUACCUUAAGUUUAUUUCGGAAAAAAAUUCCUGAUCGCAAAGGGAAAGGAAUGUUUACCUUGUCCAAAUUAGCGCAAGAUUUUUUGACGAGUGAAGUUUCGCCUGAGAAUUUUCAUGAGGCAUUGUAUGAUGUAAUUGUCUUAGAACAAUUAGUCGUGUCUCUUGCAAAGGAAAACGACUUAUUCCUACAUUCGACAGAUUAUGUUUCUUCAAUAAAUAAGUCGAUUUUAGAUAAGCAAGUAGCCUUGAGAACGAAAUCAUUCCAUCCACUAAAAGGAAAAGUUACAGAUUAUCUUAUAAAAAAACUCGCUUCCUCAGGACUAACAUUCGAAAAUUUAUUAAAAAAAUACAAAGACAGCGGAGAAGAAGGAAUUACUUUGUUACUUACUGAUCGACAGAAUAAUAAGAAACCACUUGUAGGGAACAAGAAAACUACAUUGAUAAAGUUAAUAGAUUGUAUCAAGAGUGCAUAUAGCCAAAAAGAUUAA